AUGGCCACGGUGCUUUUUCUGGUUCAAAAAGAUUUACGAUACGAUAGGUCGUUGAUUUCCUAUCGAUUUUACAAGUAUGAAACUGAAGCUGAACAGGAAAGGAAAGCCCGGGAGAGAAAAGACGCGAUUGAAGCCAAUGAAAAGAUGUUGGAACGGAUGAGAGAUGUAAAUGCGAGGGCUGCGGCUGACAGAAUAGCCUUGGACGCGUUUCGGGAUGAGCAGCUCGCUCUUAAAGCCGCAGAAAGUGUGCCGGAGGCCGCGAAGGUUUCCUCGGACAGUAACGCAGAGUCGGAGACAGUAGCUGCGGUUACAUCUACCGGUACCAAACGUAGGGCUUCGGACUCUGUUGGGCGCGAGGGCCACAAUACGAGGUGUAGAAAGCAGAGGGCGUAG